GACUGGGUUUGAGACAGGUGGUCCGAGACUUGAUGUUGACCUGGGCGUAAGGAAAGCGGCAAAUAGCAAGCGGGAGGACAUUUUUUUGUUAUCUGGGAAGCUGCUUACUAAUCUGCCUCCACCUACCUAGUAAAGUAGCCUAUGAUGUUAGACUCUGAAAAACAUAUACGUUUUUACAUAGCACUGAGCCUGAGAAUGGUUACAACGCAGUUUUCCAUUGUUUAGCUAGUUAAAUAACUGAUGGUGGAAAUGAACGGCUGAGAUACGAUUCGUUGCCUUUUAGUGGAAGCAUGGAAAUGAAAGGAAAGGUUAAGUGUUAAAGCUGCUGCUGAGGGGGAAGCUGGCCAUGUCACGGGUUCCUACCCCUCCUCCACCAGGGGACAUGUCUACUGGACCUGUGGCAGAGAGCUGGUGUUACACACAGGUGAAAGUAGUCAAGUUCUCCUACAUGUGGACCAUCAACAACUUCAGUUUCUGUAGAGAGGAGAUGGGGGAGGUCUUAAAGAGUUCCACCUUCUCCUCUGGACCCAACGACAAGAUGAAAUGGUGUCUGAGAGUCAACCCAAAAGGACUGGAUGAUGAAAGCAAAGAUUAUCUGUCGUUGUAUUUACUUCUUGUUAGUUGUCCAAAAAGUGAAGUCAGAGCAAAGUUCAAGUUUUCCUUAUUGAACACUAAAAGAGAAGAGACUAAAGCUAUGGAAAGCCAAAGAGCCUAUCGGUUUGUCCAGGGGAAAGACUGGGGCUUCAAAAAGUUUAUUAGAAGAGAUUUCCUGCUUGAUGAAGCCAAUGGGCUGUUACCUGAUGACAAACUCACCCUGUUCUGUGAGGUGAGUGUGGUGCAGGACUCUGUGAACAUCUCUGGCCAGUCCAACAUGAACAUGCUGAAGGUACCAGAGUGCCAGCUGUCAGAUGACCUGGGGAACCUGUGGCAGUGUUCCCGCUUCACUGAUUGUUCCCUCUAUGUGGGAGGGCAAGAGUUCAAGGCACACAAAUCCAUCCUGGCAGCAAGAUCCCCCGUCUUUAACGCCAUGUUUGAACAUGAGAUGGAGGAGAGUAAAAAGAACCGUGUGGACAUCAGUGAUGUGGAGCCAGACGUGUUUAAGGAGAUGAUGGGAUUCAUCUACACAGGGAAAGCUCCCAACCUGGAGAAGAUGGCCGACAACCUGCUGGCAGCUGCUGACAAAGUAAGUCAUAGUCAUAAGAAAUUAUCUGCCUGUUUCAAAUGCUGUGUCAGAGCUUGAAUUACGUGAGGACACUAACCCUACGUUCUGUGCCGUGCUUCUUUCCCACUACCCUGUACUGCUAUGGGGAGAUCAUGUAACCCUACAAUUAUCUUCUCUCUCACUACUACUGUUAUGGGGAGAUGGUGUAUUUGUAUUUAUUAGGGAUCCCCAUUAGCUACUUUUCCUG